AUGUCCACCACAACAAUCCGCAAAUCCCAGAUCAAGAGCUUUGGCGACGCCUCACAUGUUUCUAUUAUCACAACUGAGAUUGGUCCCCCAGCGGCCAGCGAAGUGCAGUUAAAGGUUCUUUACUCUGGAUUUGGUGGCUCAGACAUCGCCAUGCGACUCGGUGGCUACCCUAACCAGAAGGCAGCACCGCUCACCACCGGCUACAGCUGCAUAGGCCUGGUGACUGCCAAUGGAUCCAAGAGUGCCAAAUUCCGGCAUGGAAGUCUUGUGGGGUGUCUUUCAAUAUACGAAGGACAAUCCGAGCUUGUGAACCUGCCUGAGAAGUACCUCAUUCCAAUUCCGGAAGGUGUUGAUUUGAAGCAGGCCGUUGCUCUGAUACUUGACUGGACGACCGCAUAUGGUAUGGUUUACCGUACAGGCAAGGUCACCAAGGGCCAGCGCAUCUUCAUCCACGGGCUAAGUGGUUCAGUCGGCUACGCUUUGCUUACACUAUGCAAGCUGCAAGGUGCCGACGUGUACGGCACAGCAUCCGAGUACAACCACGCCGCAGUACGCGCGGCCGGCGCCCAUCCUUUUGUUUACACCAACAAAAACUGGAUGAUGGCCAUGAAAAAUAUCGGAGGUGCGCACGUCGUGUUUGACCCUCUCGCUUUUGAAUCCUACGACGAGAGCUGGGACAUUCUCGCGCGUGGAUGUGGCAAACUUAUCGGAUAUGGCGGGAAUUACAAUGUCUUAAACGGUGGACAGGCUAGAAGUCAGUGGCCACAGGUUGUCAAGUUGCUCUCGAAAAACCUGAAUGUAUUCUGCCCAAACAAUACGGCGUUUUUCUACAUCGACAGGGACCAGAGCACUUUCGAACCCGAGUUGAAAACUUUGUUAGAGAUGCUUAAGAGUGGAAAGAUAACUGUGCCAAUCCGGAAGCUUUGGACGUUAGAGAGGGUGCCAGAGGCGCAUCGUAUGUUCAACAAAGGUCCUGGUGUUGGAGCAGUAGUAAUCAGAGUGGCUGAGUAUUUUGAUAUUUGA